UUGAAAAUCCAGCGGUGGACAGCUGUUUAGGGAUGGCUGGCUUCUGGCAACUAAACAGACACUUUCAGAAGCGGAGGAAAAAGAAUGGUAGCAGUCGACGUUUAGCCAUGAAGGCCAAACAGUUAUUAACUCCAGCAUCUGACAGUCAAGGAAACGUUAAAAAGAAACCAGUUGACAGAACGCAGGUGGACCUGGCUAUAGAGACCUGUAAUAAAAGCACUGAGAGACUAUCCUUCUCUCAAAGAAAUGGAAGGUUGUUGGAUGCAGUUGGGAAAGUUAUGCAGCAAUGUCAGUACAGAGUCAGUCAGAUCUGGACUGGAUUUUGCAGUGUUUUAUUUUUCUGGAGAGUUUAUGCACAGAGAGUGGAAAUUCUUCAUCAGAAGGUGGAGAAGCUUCAGAAGGAAUUACAGCUGCUGCGUAAUAAUGCUCUGUUACCUCCUGAACAAAGAUGUUGUAGCUGCCAUGGUACAGCUGUCAUACACCACCAUCAGCAUAGCUCUGUUGCGCCACCUAUUGCUCUUCUUCCCUCCCCACCACUUCCACCUCCUCCUCCGCCUCUACCACCACCACCACCACCUAUUCAAGUGCCACAGAGACUGCCGUUAGUACCUAAAAGUAGGACCAGUCACUCUUCAUUGCAGGAGAAUGUUGAUCGACGUGUUGCAGUAACUCUUAAGGACCUGCAGGCAGUGCAGCUAAGAAAAGUAACUGCUAAUAAUAAAGUUUGGAAGUCUCCGGAUGGAAAUAGAGCCCCUUUGAUCACUCUAGCAGACCUACAGAAAGUCCGUUUAAGACAUGUUCAGUGCAGCUUCCCAUCACCAAAGAGGCAUAGCCCUGGCAGAUCAUCAAGCAAAAGCCCCAUGAAACUACGCUUACAACUUAGAAAAGUCCAAGUUGACCGCACUCCAAGUGGUACCCCACUGUGUAAUAAAGAAAAUGUUGAGAAGUAUUCAUGCAUUAGUUCAGUAAUGAACAAAGGGUUGGAAAACAACUGCCAGGGUGCUUUUCCUGUGGGAUCAUAACUACCUGAAUGCCAUUUACCUGAAACUGGGACAUCAAGACAUCAGACAUUUUAAUGAUUUACUUUGUACUGUGCUCACACUGAGCAUUCUACUCUCCCCUCUGAAAGUGCUGGAACAAGAAGGCCAAUUCAUUUUUUUUUUACUAUAUACAGAAGAUAUGAGUUUGAGAUCAAAAUAUGAAUAUGAUAUGAUGGAUCAAAAAUUAAGCUUUCAUUUCCUGAUAUUUACAUCUACAUGCGAUUACAAUCACCUGUUGACAGCUCCUGUUUUAAACUGCAUCAUAAUUUAAUUGUUUUACCUCAUUACUAGCCCUAAAUUGCCCCUGUCCCAACUUUUUUUGGAAUGUGUUGCAGGCCUGAAAUGCAAGAAUGGAUGUAUAUUAACAAAUGAAAUGAAGUUGACCGGACAAAACAUGAAAUAUCUUUAGUUUAUGCUGUCUGCAGUGAAAUACAAGUCAAAGUAAAUUCAGAAAUCACUGCUUUCUUUUAUUUGCAUUUUCCAGGGCCAAGGUCAGUAUUCAUGGCCGAGGUCACAGUAUUUCACGAUACGGACCUCCCAGCUGGUAAAUAACAUAUAUAUAUAUAUAUAUAUAUAUAUAUAUAUAUAUAUAUAUAUAUAUAUAUAUAUAUAUAUGGUUGGGGGGGGGCUCCUUUCAGCCUCCUUUUCAGGAGAUUAAAUGCACGCUCACUUCAGUUAAAGUCCAGUGAUUGUCUGUCUUGGCCAGUCUAAAACCUUCCACUUGAUGAAGUCCUUUGUUGUAUUGGCAGUGUGUUUUGUGUGAUUAUCUUGCUGCAUGAAAUUUCUCCCAAUUAGAUUGGAUACAUUUCUCUGUAAAAUGGCAGACAAUGUUUCUGUAGACUUCUGAAUCAAUUCUGCUGCUACCAUCAUGAGUUACAACAUCAAUAAAGAUUAGUAAGCCAGUUCUAGAAGCCCAAGCCAUGCCACUACCUCCACUGUGCAUGACCGAUGAGCUCACAUGUUUUGUAUCAUGAGCAGAUCCUUUAUUUUUCCAUACUUUGGCCUUUCCAUCACUUUGGUAGAGCUUAAGCUUGGUUCUAGAAAUUUUGUGGACCAUCUCUGUAUUUCUUUGUGAAUUCCAAUCUGGCCUUCUGAUUCUUACUGCUGAUGAGUGAUGAUGUAUGGACUUUAUAUUGUUUUUUUUUUCAGGAGAUUCCAAAUUGUUGCAUUUUGUGUGUUUCUGUUCCCGAGGUCUUCUUCAAAUUGUGUAUUGUGAUAACCCCUGCCCUGUUGUUGUUGGUGAUGUCACUGUUGUUUCUGGGUUUUUCUUCACAGCUAUCACAAUGUUUCUGUCACCAACUGCUGUUAUUUUCCUUGGUUGGCCUAUUUGAUGUAUGGACUUUAUAUUGGUUUUUUUUUUCAGGAGAUUCCAAAUUGUUGCAUUGGCUAUGCCUAAUAUUACAUUACAUUAACAGGAUUUAGCAGACACUCUUAUUGACAUGCAACAGAGCAGCCUGGGGAGCAGUUGGGGGUUAGGUGCCUUGCUCAAGGGCACUUCAGCCAUUCCUGCUGGACCAGGGAAUCGAACCGGUGACCUUUUGGUCCCAAAGCUGCUUCUCUAACCAUUAGGCCGUGGCUUCCCCAAUAUGUGUUCAAUGGUUCUGUUCGAGUUUACUUUUUUUUCUCAGCUUCAAAAUAGCUUGCUUUUUUUCAGUAGACAGCUCUCUGGUCUUCAUGUUGGUUUAUCCACAACAAAUGCAGUCUUCACAGGAAAAACCCAGGGCUCAACCCAAGAGCAGAUAUUCAGAGCCAUUAAUUGUUUAAACUAUUAAUCUAACAGAGCACACCUGGACAACAAGAAUCACCUGUCAGUCACAUGUUCCACUAUGUCUGAUUAAUUGAAAAAUGGGUGGGUUCAAACAAAAGGUAUCGUUCUCAAUUAUUUAACACAUCUAACUGUAAAUAUAAGGAAAUGAAUGCUGAAAUUUUAAUCUAUCAGCUCAUUUUCGUCUUUUGAACUCAAACACAAAUGCCUUUAGUGUAUAGUGAAAUCAAAAGAUUUGACCUUGCUGUUCCAGUACUGUCAGAGGGGACUGUGUUAUCCUUGUACUGUAUGUGGGUGGAUGCUAAAUGACCUAUCAAGGCAUGUAUUUAUUGAACUGCUAUAUUAUCCAUUUAUGACAAGAGUAAUAAGCAUUUCUUGGUUUAUUGCUUAAAGUUCACGCGAUAAAACUGAUAUAUUGGAACUGCACAUGGAAUACAGGUAAUGCUAAAAUAUGUUUUAAUGUCAGGAAGCAAAGUGAUGUUGGCACAGUGUCUAUUUUGGGAUGCUAGGAUGGUCCUCCCUAUACAAUGCUACACCAACACUUUGCUCAGAAAUACUUUUCACAACAACCAUUCCCAGGGCGGCACGGUGGUGUAGUGGUUAGCGCUGUCGCCUCACAGCAAGAAGGUCCUGGGUUCGAGCCCCGGGGCCGGCGAGGGCCUUUCUGUGU